AUGGCCACGGCCAACAACUCCCCGGCCGUCGUUAAUAACUAUGGCCUACCGGCGACGUCGUCCAGAUCCUCCACGGAGAGCUUCACCGCCGCCCACGAUUUCGAGGUGGCCAGUUACCCGCUGCUCGACGGCUUGGGCGUCGGCAAGUACAUCAGCUCCUGCGUCUUCAGCGUCGGUGGCUACGACUGGACUAUCAGGUUCUACCCAGAUGGUGAAUCGGACGACUGUGCCGGUAACACUUCAGCCUUUUUGUAUUGUGUCAGCCAACUGGAAGGUGUGAGGGCUAAGUUCACCUUGAACACGCUGGAAAAAGAGGGCAAAGUGCUAGCAACAAGAUACGGUUUGGUGAACCACACCUUCUCUUCGCCAAGUUAUGAUUUUGGUUAUUCUAAAUUCGUCGAGAAAUCGAGACUGCUGAAAUCAUCGUCGUCCAAGGCAAACAAUGGCUACUUCAUUAUACGGUGUGUUCUUACCGUGAUAAGAGAACCACGGACCGAGGUCAAGAGGAACCUUCUUGUGGUUCCGCAGCCAAACCUGCAAGAUCAUCUCCAUCAGAUGUGGAAGGAAGGACAAGGAGCAGAUGUGACAUUCAGUGUAUCUGGCCAGUUGUUCAGCGCCCACAGAUACUUGUUAGCUGCACGGUCUCCAGUCUUCAAGGCGGAGCUCUUUGGGUCUAUGAAGGAGAGCGCGGUAGAGAGCAUCAAGAUCUACGACGUCGAGCCACCAAUCUUCGAGGCGCUUCUUCACUUCAUGUACACGGAUUCCGUCCAAGAUGAUGGGGACAACAAAGAUGAAACUGAAAAAAUGCAGCACUUGCUAGUUGCGGCGGAUCGAUACGGAUUGGAGAGGCUGAGAAUUAUGUGCGAAAGCAGGCUGUGUGACAGCAUCGGCGUGGAAACAGUCGCGACCACGCUGGUUCUGGCGGAGCAGCACCAUUGCGGCGAUCUCAAAAAAGCCUGCAUUGAGUUCAUGACCUCACAAAACAGGCUAGGAAAUGUCGUGGCAACGGAUGGAUUCAAGCAUCUGAUGGCAAGCUGCCCUUUGCUCACGAAGGAUAUUUUGGACAAGAGCCCAUCAGAGACCUCGUCCAGAUGCUUCACGGAGAGCUUAACUGCCACCCACAAUUUCGAGGUAGCCUGUUACUCGCUGCUCGCCGGCAUGGGUGUUGGCAAAUACAUCAGCUCAUGCAUCUUCAGCGUUGGUGGCCACGAUUGGACUAUCAGGUUCUACCCAGAUGGCAAUAAUGCCGAGUGUGCCGGUAAUGCUUCAGCCUUUUUGUAUUGUUCCAGCCAACCGAAAGGUGUCAGGACCAAGUUCACCUUGAACAUGUUGGAAAAGGAGGGCAAAGUCCUAGUAACAAGCUUCGGCUCGUUGGAGCAUACCUUCUCUUCGCCAAUUGAUGAUUUUGGCUUUUCUAAAUUUGUCGAGAAAUCGAGGCUGCUGAAAUCAUCGUCGGAUGCCACAGGUGGUUACUUCACCAUACGGUGUGUUCUUACCGUGAUAAAAGAACCGCGAACAGAACUCAAGAGGAACCUUUUCGUGGUUCCGCGGCCAAAUCUACAAGACCAUCUCCAGCAGAUGUGGAAGGAUGGACAAGGAGCAGAUGUGAAAUUCAGUGUAUCUGGGCAGUUGUUCAGUGCCCACAGAUACUUGUUAGCUGCACGGUCUCCGGUCUUCAAGGCGGAGCUCUUUGGUCCAAUGACUGAGAAGGCAACAGAAAGCAUCACGAUUGACGACAUCGAGCCACCAAUCUUCGAGGCGCUUCUUCACUUUAUAUACACGGAUUCUAUACUAGAUGAUUGGGACAGCAAAGAAGGUAAAACUACAGACAUGCAGCACUUGUUGGUUGCGGCAGAUUGA